GCGGGGGGAGCCCGAGGUAGGCCCUGCUGUUUUUCUAACUCCAGUCAAUCCAACGCGGCCAUCUAAACCAAAACACGGAGAGAGAAAUCCCCCGCAGCGGCGAGCGAGCGAGACUGAAUACUGGAGCCGGUGUCCCUGAUUUGGAGUGCAAUUUAAUGAAAAUCUGGGGCAGUCAUUUUUCAGCUUUCUCACUUUGAACAAGCAUCUCUCCCGCCUCUUGCUCGCUACCCCUCUGGAGCAGAUCCCGGCUGACCCACUUGGCCGAGGUGCCGGCGCUUGGCCGUGAGCCGGCUCCUCCUAGAGCCGGGGGCCAGAGGCUGCAGUAGCUUCAGUGCGGGGUCCUGCCAGCUGUGCCGUGAGGGCCUGCCAGUGGAAAGCAGAGCCGCUCAGACGUUUUCCUGUCUGCUGGCCGCUGGAAGCACGCGUCGAACAAAGAGCGCUUUUGUGAGCUCCAGGAACGGAGGCGUGCAGCCACUGAGGGGCUCCAAUUCAGAGAAAGUCUGGUGGAGGGAUGAUUGGAUGGCACAGAGUCAGGUUGAAGAUGCUGAUUUGAUGAUCGAUGAAAAAGAGCAACAUUUCAAAAAAUCAUGACAUAAAAGGGGGAUGUUGCUGACAUGCGUGUCGCAUGCUUACACUCUUCGAAAAGCGUUUCCAGAAUGCGCCUGCUACAAGGACCCACAAUCCACUUUUGACCUUUAACCUAAAGACCUCCACUGAAACCUCUUCACUCAACUCCAGAAACACACGGACACGUCCUCCCCUCUCAAAGCUGAUCUUGAGGACCUUCGUCCAUUGGCAAGCUUCUGAUCCUCUCUUUGGGCAGGCAGCGCUGGAGGUUUAUGUACAAAUGUCUACCUCACGCCUAAAGCUCCUCUCUCUCCCACUCCAGCCCUGAACAUACUACAAAAUGACCUCCAGUAUAGACCGGGAUGACAGCAGUAUCUUUGAUGGGUUGAUGGAAGAAGAUGAGAAGGACAAAGCAAAACGAGUUUCCAGGAACAAGUCAGAGAAGAAGAGGCGAGACCAGUUCAAUGUGCUCAUCAAGGAACUGGGCACCAUGUUGCCGGGUAAUACCCGCAAGAUGGACAAAUCAACGAUCCUGCAGAAGAGCAUUGACUUCCUGCGCAAGCACAAAGAAAUUGCUGCGCAGUCAGAGUCCAGUGAAAUCCGUCAGGACUGGAAGCCUCCUUUCCUCAGUAAUGAGGAGUUUACACAGCUGAUGCUGGAGGCACUAGAUGGAUUCUUUUUAGCCAUCAUGACUGACGGCAACAUAAUCUACGUCUCGGAGAGUGUGACCUCCUUAUUAGAGCAUUUACCGUCUGAUUUGGUGGACCAGAACCUGUUGAAUUUCCUUCCGCUGGGUGAGCACUCUGAAGUGUACAAAGCCCUCUCAACACACAUACUGGAGGGAGAGAGUCACACACCAGACUACCUAAAAACGAAAAACCAGUUAGAGUUCUGCUGCCAUAUGCUCCGGGGCACCAUCGACCCCAAAGAGCCUCCCGUCUAUGAGUAUGUCAAGUUCAUUGGAAACUUCAAGUCCCUCAACACUGUGCCUAACUCUACACGGAACGGGUUCGAAGGUGUAAUCCAGCGCUCGCUCAGACCCUCGUUUGAAGAUCGUGUGUGUUUCAUAGCAACUGUGAGGUUAGCCAAGCCUCAGUUUAUUAAGGAGAUGUGCACUGUGGAGGAACCCAAUGAAGAGUUCACCUCCAGACACAGUUUAGAGUGGAAAUUCCUCUUUCUCGACCACAGGGCUCCACCUAUUAUCGGUUACCUACCUUUUGAGGUACUGGGCACGUCAGGCUAUGACUACUAUCACGUAGAUGACCUGGAAACCCUAGCCAAGUGCCAUGAACACUUGAUGCAGUAUGGGAAAGGGAAGUCAUGUUAUUACCGGUUCCUGACAAAAGGCCAGCAGUGGAUUUGGCUUCAGACACACUACUACAUCACCUACCAUCAGUGGAACUCGCGGCCGGAGUUUAUCGUCUGCACACACACCGUAGUAAGCUAUGCUGAGGUUCGGGCUGAGCAGCGCAGAGAGCUGGGUAUUGAGGAGUCGCCCCCUGAGAUUACAGCAGAUAAGUCUCAGGAUUCUGAAUCAGAAUUGAACACCUCCAGCCUGAAGGAGGCACUGGAGCGAUUUGAUCACAGCCGCACCCCAUCCGCCUCCUCCCGGAGCUCGCGCAAGUCCUCCUCUCACACUGCUGUGUCAGACCCUACAUCCACCCAGACUAAGCUACAGACAGAGCGCAGCACGCCGCCUCGUCAGUCUGUCUCCACCAUUGAGAUGACCUCUCAGCGACGGUCCUCCAUCAGCAGCCAGUCAAUGAGCUCCCAGAACACAAGCCAGACAAUGGCAGCAUGUCUAGUAUCUCAGCCCCAACAGCCUCAACAGCCCCAGCAGCUGCAGCCAACUGUACAGCCGGUGCUGCAGUUCUCCACGCAGCUGGACGCCAUGCAGCACCUAAAGGACCAGCUUGAACAGCGCACACGCAUGAUUGAGGCCAACAUCCAGAGGCAGCAGGAGGAGCUGCGGCAGAUCCAGGAGGAGCUGCAGAGGGUGCAGGGCCAGGGCUUACAGAUGUUUCUGCAGCCCAGUGGCGGGAGUCUGAACCUUGGCUCGGUUCAUUUGACGCAAGGUUCCUCGGUACAGCCAGGGACUGCUCUGACCAUGCAGGGUCAGGUGGUGCAAGCGGGCAGCUUACAAGGUGGCUUGACGUCCACACAUGCGGGCACACAGCAUGUUGUCACUCAACAGACCCAGCAAGCUCCACCUCAGCAACAGAACCUUCUCAGAGAGCAGAACGCCACACUCACACAGCCCCAGAGGUCGUCUCAUACGUUGCAGUCUCCUCAGGGGGCUCUGCCAGCUUCUCUCUAUAACACCAUGAUGAUUUCCCAGCCAGGCCAGGCCAACGUGGUGCAGAUCUCUACUAGUCUGGCCCAGAGCAGCCCCAGUGGAGCCGCAGUUGCAACCUUCUCUCAGGACCGUCAGAUACGAUUUCCAGCAGCCCCUCAGCUCCUCACCAAACUGGUGACGGGUCCUAUGGCUUGUGGAGCAGUCAUGGUGCCCACCACCAUGUUCAUGGGCCAGGUGGUGACAGCGUUUGCACCUCAGCAGGGCCAGACCCAGACCAUCAGUAUUGCCCAGCAGCCGCCUUUGUCGUCUCAGGAGCAGCAGGCUCAGUCGCAGGUAGCCGCCGCCCAGCAGCAGGGCCAAGCCCAGGCCCAGCUCACUCAGCAACAGGCGCAGUUCCUCCAGGCUCCUCGUCUUCUUCAUGGCAACCAGUCAGCCCAGCUGAUCCUCCAGGCAGCGUUUCCUUUACAGCAGCAGGGCACCUUUGCCACAACAACACAACAGGCGCAGCAGCAGCAACAGGCGCAGCAGCAGCAGCUUCAGCAGCAGCAGCAGCAGCAACAACAACAACAACAGCAACAGCAGCAACAUCAGCAGCAGCAACAUCAGCAGCAGCAGCAACAUCAGCAGCAGCAGCAGCAACAUCAGCAGCAGCAGCAACAACUGGCAUCUCACAGGCUGGACAGCAUGUCAGACCGCUCCAACGCACCUCCUCAGUAACCCAGCAGUGGCCAAUCAGGCGGCAAGGACCGCACUGUAUCUCCAUUGCGUGGGGGUGGUGAGGGGAAGAGGUCAGCGUCAGUGCACGAUAGAAGAAUAGCAGUAUUUGAACCAUACCUGUUCUAUGGUGAAGGGCAAGACCUAGAAGGGGUGUUCUUUUCACCCCAUGCCCUACCUGCCUUUCCUCUCUGAUCUCUGGCUGCUUGCACUGAAUCCUGGGAAGCGUAGUCCUCGUGUGCUGAGCCAUUCAGCUGGCAAGCAAGGAAACAGCACCCACUAUUUCCGUCAUCCGGUCAAGCUCCACUGGAGUAAAGGGGUGAGAUGGGGCAAGGUUGGGUCAAGCUUCUCCUGCCCCCCCGGCCCCUCCCGCCCCAAGCCCUUUCUCCCUUUGUUUUGUAUGCACGGUGUGUGCUGUCGUAAUCACCCCUGCCCCUCACUAUUAAUUUAUGCAGAAAGCUCUGGUUCACAGGCUGGAGACGACGAUUCUAGACUUCAGAGAAGUCCUACACGACGGAUGACACCAUGGUCAUUUGUUCAUCUUCUUAUAGCUUCUUUCCUCUCUCUCUCUCUCUCUUGUUCCUUUGUUUCUCCACACAGCUUGCUUUUUUUCAUGUCAAAGUAAUUAUGGGUCAGAAAAUAUUUUUAAGAAUGUCAAGUGGAUUCAACUUUUAUUGUACAGUACAUCUGUAAAAUAAUAUGUAAAUAUAUGGACAAAAGGAAAGAGAAACUAAUAUUUUAUAUUGAUGCAUGAGAAGAAAAAGCGUAGUCUGUUAUUUGUAGCUUUGAAUAUACUUUUUUUUCUAGUAUUCAAAGGAAAAAAAAGAAAACGCACUUAAUGGCUGAUACCUUCACGGACUUCCUUUUUGCCGUGGAGGUUGUGUGUGUGUAUGUUUGUGUGUAUCUGUGUGUGUAAGUGUGCCUGCAAAGCAGGCAGUGCUGGUUCUGCAUAGUGUGUCACAGUUUGUUUAAACAGCACCUUCAUGUUUUAGUAAAGCUGCAAAAGAAAUAACAGUAAUUUUAGAAUUUUUACAUUUUACGGUUUAAUAGAAAUGUACAUUUAUUCAUCUCUGAAAUGUACAGAUGUUUUUUGUAAAUAUCGGAGUGAGCAGGCUGUGGUUUAGAUGGAGAUGUAGAGUAGAAUAAUAUGGAUUAAGUGGAGUUUUUAAACCUUUUUUUUCUGUUUUCAGCAGCGUUGUAAUUCAUUACAGGAAAGGGAAACUGAGUGUAGAUUAUAGUACCUCAUAAUGGUUUAAUGGUUUCAUAAGUAGAUUAUUGUUUAUGUGUGCAGCCUUAUUAUGGUGAAGUGGAGAAUGGCCACAUACUAUGUAUAAUGUUUAAUAAUAGAGAUGAAAUAAUUACAUGGUGCCAAGCCAUAAUUAGGGUUUCCACCAGUUUGACAGUGAUAUUUUAGAUACAGAUUUUAAACAACUUUAGUCUUACCAAACCAAACCUCAUUGUUGCUAGUGAGUUUAGCAUGCAAAACAUGCAUUUGCACAGCUUUAAUACAUUAUAUACAGUAUAGUCUUUAUUUUUUCACUUAGAUGUAGAAUCAGAAUGCUACAACCUAACAUAAAACUACAACUUUAAGGACUUGGGCUGUCCUGUGUAAACAGUUUUGCCAGGAAUGUACACUGUAGAGUAGUCAUCGCACUUCUGUGGGCAUCCCUGAUCUGACCCACAGGAGAAGCCGUCUUUUGGAAUAGACGUUAAAAUUGACCCCUAGAGGUUAAAAAAUCAAAUACAAAGUUAAAAAGCUCCCAAACAAAACAAAUAGCACUUAAAUAUCUAUAUAGCACUUUACAUUUAGGUUUAUUUACCUAAUGCCCAAACACAAACACAUGGUGACAACACUAAGUUACAUUUCUGUUCUUACUGUUCUGUUCCAACAACACCUUACCUAAUGACCAGAGCAGGUGCUGUGGUCAGAUCAGUUUUUUAGUGCUUCACUUAGUGGAGAUGCAGCAUGAAGUUAGAAUAGUUUUCCUGUUGCAGUAGGUGAGAUUUAAUGGCGUACAAAAAUGAUGACUCUCUUCCCUCCUGCUGCUUGCACUUUAGCUGUUAUGAAUGUCAGGGGGAAAGGGGAAAGGUCUAGUUUGCAAGGAGGUUGUGAUGCCAUCCUUGGUUUAUAAUUUGAAAGUAUGGACAAUCACAAAUUUCAGUGUUAGCCAAACUAGGAACUAUUUUUUACCAUUUUUAAGAACAAGAAAUUUUAUUUUUUUGUUAUUUAACCCAAGUUUAUUUUCGUUUAAUCAACAAUAGCACUUAUAGAUGUUUGAUUAAUCUUUUACUUUUAUUUUUUAUACUUUUAUUCUAUAGAUUUUUUUUUUUGAUGAUCUUCUUGAUAAGAUGGCCUUUUGUGUAAAAUAAACUAUAUUAUAAUCAUUGAUUGAUUAGACCUUUUUGAAGUCGGCAUAGACCAUAGACUAAGGAUGCUUCUAGUCAGGUUAGUUUGAGCAGAAACGGGUUGCAAUAAUUUGUGUGUAAUUCAUAUCAGACCUCAGCAUCGCAGCACAGAACCGGUCCGAAUGUUCCGCUUUCUCAGGAUGAAAAUGCCUCCAGACGUUUACAGCGCUGGUCCAAUCACAGUUCACAUUGCAGUAUCCAUCCAGUAGCAGAGCUACCCCAGUAGUUGUGCACAAAGAUAAACGUAUAUAGGAAGUAUGGUGAUGGUAGUACAGGUAAUCCGAAGCAGUCCCUUGGGAUACUGUGGCCUUGCCAAGACAGACUAGUAUGUUAGUCAUUACUAGGGAUGCAUAAUGAUAUGGGAAUCAUAUUGGAAUAAGGAAGAAAUUGCUCGACAAUAUUGGUGUCAGACAGUUGUUACAUUUUAUUUUAGUGGAUUCCUCCAACACUAGGAGGGCGAAGACCUGCACAUGUCUUCUGAGUCAACUACUGCCUCUUUUUACUGGGUAGUCAGUGCGCUCGGAGGAAAGCGCAGCAUCUCAACUCUGAUACAUCAGCUAACAGACACCUGCGCUGACCAACAUCACACUGGGAGUGAUGUGGGUAUAGAGCGCCAUCUACUCACACAGAGAGGGCAAGACCAAGCAGAAUGAUCCAAUAUCUGGCAACCCUCGAAUCAUAGAGGUAGUACUUUUGUGUAGAUGUAACUUUAAGGUGACAUGUUAUACAAAAGUCACUUUUUGUAUGUUUUUCUAUGUUCACUUUGGUCUCGACAUCCGUUAUAAACAAUUUCAGCAUGACAAAAAAAACAU